GGCUAUAUAAGCCGCCGCGGAGAGGGUUGCGUCAGUGUUUGCGGAGCUCGCUGCGGGUCCCGACGCUGCACUUAUUCCGCUCCUCGCACGGCUUUGUUGGUCGCUGGUCUUUGUUAGGGACGGUUUCGUCGCACCUGAAGAUCUGCAGUGCUGACUAUCGCCAUUCUAAGACUCAACCAUGCAGGAGCAGCUGAUUUCCAGCCUUUCAUCCGAAGACCCGAGUCUCCCGUCCACACCGACCUCCGACGCUCCAUCCAAACGCUUGUCCUGGAGCAAACUGAUGCAGAAACUGCACAGCAGCCAAAGCCUGGACUCCGACUCAGACAAUCACAGCAGCACCGACGAUGCAUCAGACGCAGGUUCCAUAUCCCUGGCGGACCUGUCCGAAUCCGACUUGUUCUUCGACCCGGCCGAAGAGGCGCUGUGCAAAGAAGUGGUGCAGCUCAUCGCGCUUAACCUGACCGACGCCAAGGACGGCGUCCUGCACUGCUCCAAGCUGCUGAUUCCCGAGAAGCUCCUGGAGCACAUCGGUCAGGAGCUGGUGCACCUGUCGGUCAGCGAGCCCUGUGGCCUCCGAGGGGCCCUCGUCGACCUCUGCGUGGAGCAGGACGGCAGCUGCGAGGCCGUGGGACAGAUCGCGGUCGACCCCUAUCUAGUGCCCACCUUCCAGCUCACGCUCGUGCUGAGGCUCGACUCCCGGGGCUUCUGGCCAAAAAUCCAGGGGCUUUUCGCCGGCCGGUCGCCCUCGUCUCCGGCGGUUCGGCGCGCACUUAAACUGAGCACUGGAUUUCGAGUUAUCAAGAGAAAACUGUACAGCUCUGAAGAGCUCUUGAUCGAAGAAUGCUGAGACUUUUAUUAGUUUUAAAAGGAAGCCGUGUGGUCUCCCGAGAGGCCCGAUUGUUGUAUGACUGUUUAAAGCAGCGAGGUACCGGCUCGCAGGGCAUUUCUAAUGCAGGUGUAGGGUACAUAAAAAAAGACUUUGUAAUACAGUUUUAUGUUGCACUUUUGCUGACGUUGUAGUGAAGCAGGAGUUUUCAGGCUGCUGAUGAAAUGUUUACCUCAGGUUCAUGGAAACCAAACGUGGCAGCUAUUUUCCAUGUAACAAACUUGUUUUUUUUUUUUUGUUUUUUAUGCAAGUGCCAGAUUGUUCAAAGAUGUAUGUGGAUGCGGUUAUUGUUCACUUAGAUCAAAUGGAAGGUGCUUUUUUAUUUUUUCCUUUUCUUUUAAACAAUCACAUGCAUAUUCCAUGCAUCUUAUUUAUUUGAUAUUCAAAUGCAAUGGGUUCUGUUUUUGUACUCGAACGAAAUGCAGAAAAUAAAUUAUCUUUUUAAAGAAA